AUGUCAUCAUUUUUUGCUUGUUUUCGUAGACAACAAUCGAAAAAAUUUAAAAAAAUUAAAAAUUACCAAUUGAAACAACCACAACAGCAAAAAUAUCUGAAUCAACAAACUGGUGACAAUAUGAUUUCUGAAGAAUCUUUUCGGAUAAUAAAUGAUGAUGAAAGCCACCACUCCUACCAUCACCAGCAGCAGCAACAACAACAACAACAAUCAUCAACAUUGAAAUCAAAUGAACCGAUUGAAACAUUGAUCGAUCAGGAAUUAUCAUCAGUAAUAAUGUUGCCAACAAUACAUGAAAAUCCAUUACUAGAAGAUUUUGAUGCCAUCGAUGAUACAGAAGAUAAUGGUAGCAGUGUAUUUCAAAUGGAACCGAUUCGUUUACGUUUUACAGAUGAAAGUAGCCAUUGUAGUAGUAGUGGUGGUGGUGGUGGUGUUGGCGACGGUGAUAUAGAUAAUAUCGAUAUUGAUAAAGUUUCAAAAAUAUCCGUAAUCAAUUCAUCUAUUUGUAAUUUGGAUCAUUUAUUUGGUUCAGAAACAAUUUCAUUCACUAGAAAUGAUUCAAUGAAAAAAUCUAUCAAUCAUAAUCGUCAUCAAUCUUCACGACAUUACAUUAUUCGUUGUGAUAUGAAUGAUAAAUUUAUUGAUGAAAUUAUCGGUGAUAUUUCCAAUGAAUCAUUUGUCACCAUUAUUGGUGGAUCCAAUUCAUCUGGACAGGAAUCAAUACCAUUUCAAAAUAAACCAGAACGUGGUCGUGGACGUCGUCAUCGUUAUCAAUUGGAUCGUCCUAUUAGUGGCAGUGUUCAUUUUGAUUCCGAUGAAUGGACAACAACAUUGGAACAUAUUUUUCGUACACCGAAAAAAGCUAAUCAAUCAUCUGAAUCUGUGCUGGAUGAUGAUGAUUUUCAUGUUGGUUGUUGGGAUGAAUGGUUUGGUGGUGGUGGUGGCAAUAACGACGAUAAGAAUAAUGAUCGCCCAUUGUCGUCAACGAUUAAAAAAUCUUCAUCAAUCAUCGAGUUUGAUGAUUGGAAUCUUGGUAAAUUAUUUCAAGAAUCAACAGCGAAACGUAAUCGAAAAAUUCAAUCAUCGUCAUCAGUGUAUAAACAACAAUUGAAAAAUGAUCGUCAAGCUAAAAAUAAACGUCGUUAUCGUCGACAUUGUAAACAAAUUGAUUUUGAUUACUAUGAUGAUUGGUCAUUGGAUAAAUUAUAUUCAAAUUACAAUGACGAUUGCCAUAUGAUGAUGAAAUCAGAUAAAUUAUUGGCACAAAAAUCACAAUCAGAUGAUAACAUUUCUAUCGAUUCACUUUGUCUUGAUUCUGGUAUCGGAUCAUUUGAAAGUCAUUCUAGUCCAAUUAAUCAUCGUAAUGAUGAUGAUCAUGAAAAUGGAAUCGAACGUCGUGAAUCAUUUUCAAUGGCCAAAGAAUUUUGGCAACAAUUUUGUGAUGAUCGUGCAAAAAAAUCUGAUAAAUCGGCCAAAGAUCCACCUAGUCCCACAAUUAAAGCAUUUCGUAGUCUUCCUGAACCUAUUGUUCAACAACAACAACAACAACAACGACCCCAGAAACAGCAACAAGUGAAGGAAUUUGUUUUCAAAAAAAAUUCCAAUAAUCGUUAUGAAUUAUUAUCGAAUCUAAAACGAGCAAAAAUUGGCAAAUGUUAUGAAUAUCUAAAUGAAUUUGAACUGGUGAUGAGAAAAUAUUUUCCUGAGCUUGAACAACAAGAAGAUGUUGGUCCAUUACUUAAAUUGGUGAUGCAUGGAAUGCCUAGCGAAUUAUAUUGGCUUGAUUAUUGGAUUCGUUCGAAUUUCGGUUGUAAAUGUGAUCGAAAUACAAUCAGUCGUUCGAUGAUUGAUUUUGAUCAAUUAAAAGCAAUCAUUUUGAAUGAAGAACAAGCCUAUUUAUGUCGCAAAUUCAAUAAUAAACAAUCAUCUGAUGAUCCACAAUCAUCAAUGGAUCAAAUUCGUUCGAUACGAUCAUGUCCAAUACCGGAAUCAUCGGCAACGGUAACAAAAAAGAUGAAAAAUAUCAAUUUUCAAUUGCAAUCAUCAAAACACAAUAAUCAUGUUGUUGUUCAAUCAUUGAAUGAUAAUAAUACGAUCAAUGCACAAAAACAACGACAACGUCGUUGGUCAAUAUCGAUUGAUCGUCAUAUGGAAUUGGUGAAAUUUUAUCGUCAAAAUUAAUUUCCAGUCAUAAUAUUUACUCUAGUCCAACUUUAUAUAAGCCAUCGGUUAAUUUCUUGUUUUUGUGAAAUUUUUUUUUUUGCAUUUUUUCCCCAGUUUUUUCUCUUACUUUUUUCGGGAAAAAAAAAAAUUGGCUUGAAAAAAAAUUUUUUUUCGUAUUUUAUUUUCAAAUAAAAAAAAACAGUAUGGCCAUCUAGUGGAUGGUGAUCAUAA